GUUCAAUAGAUCAUAAUCAAACCCAUGAAACACCACCACUCACCAACAUUAGUAAGAUUGCCUUUUAUAUAAAGAAUUCUUUGCAUAUGGAUUUCUUGGAUAGUUAUUUCACAGAAUCAGAGACGGUAGAAAUUUCUUUACCUGAUGUUAAAUUCCCAAAUGCUGCCUCAAUGGAUCUUUAUGAUGGAGGUGAUCCACUAGUUCUUUCAUUUGAACCUAAAAGUUCCGAGUCAUAUAUAGAAAGUUCUAUUAAGGCAGCCGCACCCGCAUAUCCUUAUGACUUUUUUUCUUGUCAGAAAGAAGAUUGGUUUCCUCCAACGUUUCAAUCAUUUGUUGAUAUGUUAAUAUUACGAUGUAAUAAAAUGUCUACCUCAACAGCAUAUAAUGUUGUUAAUUCGGUUAAGGCAGAAGAAUUUUUGUACAUAAUUGAUAAUCUUAUAAAUUAUGACUUCAUGAAUAACGAGAGUUUAGAAGGAACUCAAUCGUUAGUGUUAGACACACGAAUCGUAAUGAAGGAAUAUCAACCGAUUUUAUACGUUGCAUUUUGCCUAUCUGGAUCAGUUCAAUAUUCACCACCAUCCUUGUGGGUUCUCCGAUCAUCAUUAAAAUCUGAAAAUACACCAAAUCUGGAAUUUAAUUCUGAAAAAUCUCUUGAUAAACGAACCAGUGAAAUUUCCGUUAUCGAACUGUCAAAUCAGAAGCAACAAAAUAAGUAUCUUAUAAUAACAGAUAUGCAAUUAUUUGAUGAUGAGAAAAUGCAUUUAAUCAUAACUGGGCUUGAUGAAUCAGAAAAUGAAGUAAAUUGUAUAGUAGAAGUGAAUUACACAGAACUAAAUUUUAUACAAGUUAUCGAACCACGCACAGUACUACAAGCGAUAGAAUAUUCAAAAAGAAUCAAUGUUGUUGAUCAAGUAUUAAACCAAAAG